AUGAUUGUCAUAUGAAAACUGACGAGAAGGAAGAACUGGAAGAUCCGAACAAAACGGGAAACGUCUACUGAUAAAACUACAAGGAGCGAUUCCUUACCCCUGGGUACCAUGGCAAAUAUCACCAAGAAAGUGUCGUGGUCCAGCCGGGGUGACUACUCGGCCCAGGGGGAGGAUACACCGCUUCUGAACGGAGACACCGGCGCAGCCAGAUACACCAGACAGCUUUCCGGAGGCAGUAUAUUUCAUAUUGGGAGGCUGAGUACUGUGGACCUGGAAGAAGACAUAACCACAGAGGAGGAUGGAGUCUUGAGCUGGCCUAAAGAGAUCCCUCAUAAUGAGAAAUUGCUGUCUUUGAAAUAUGAGAGCCUUGACUAUGACAACAGUGAGAACCAGCUAUUUUUGGAGGAGGAGAGGCGAAUGAGCUAUAUGGGCUUCCGAUGUCUGGAGAUCAAUCGCUGGGUUGUGUGCGGACUCAUCGGCUUCUUGACGGGCCUCAUUGCCUGUUUCAUCGACAUUGUGGUGGAGAUAUUGGCAGGGUACAAGUACCAAGUGAUCAAAAAGAGCAUUGUGAAUUUCACAGAAGCUGGAGGACUCUGCAUCUCCCUGAUUCUCUGGGCAGUGCUGAACUCUGUUUUUGUUUUCGUGGGCGCUGUGAUUGUGGCCUUUUUUGAGCCCAUUGCUGCUGGUAGUGGAAUCCCACAAAUUAAGUGCUACCUCAAUGGAGUGAAAAUCCCCCGUGUGGUUCGACUGAAGACCCUUGUGGUGAAGGUUUGCGGGGUGAUUUGCUCUGUGGUUGGUGGCCUGGCUGUUGGGAAGGAAGGGCCCAUGAUCCACUCAGGAGCUGUCGUGGCAGCUGGGGUGUCCCAGGGCAGGAGCACCUCUCUGAAAAGAGACUUUAAGAUUUUCGAAUACUUUCGCAGAGACACGGAGAAGAGGGACUUUGUGUCAGCUGGUGCAGCUGCUGGUGUGUCUGCAGCCUUUGGGGCUCCAGUAGGUGGUGUCCUUUUCAGCUUGGAGGAAGGAGCUUCCUUCUGGAACCAGAUGUUGACCUGGAGAAUUUUUUUCGCCUCCAUGAUGUCAACCUUUACAUUGAAUUUCUUCCUGAGCAUCUACCACAACAAGCCCGGAGAUCUCUCCAGCCCCGGUCUUAUAAACUUUGGCCGUUUUGACAGUGAUAGUGUGGAAUAUAAUCUCUAUGAGAUCCCCAUCUUCAUUCUAAUGGGAGCUCUAGGUGGUAUUCUGGGAGCACUAUUUAAUCUUCUAAAUUACUGGCUAUCAAUUCUCAGGAUCAGGUACAUCCACCGGCCAUGCCUGCAGGUCAUGGAGGCCAUACUGGUUGCUGCAGUAACAGCGACGGUCUCCUUUACCAUGAUUUAUUUCUCCAAUGACUGCCAGCCGCUAGGGCAGGACCAGUCCGAGGAAUACCCCCUGCAGCUGUUUUGUGCUGACGGGGAAUAUAACUCCAUGGCCACAACCUUCUUUAACACACCAGAGCGGAGUGUCAGGAGCCUGUUCCAUAACCCGCCAGGUUCCUUUAACCCUCUGACCCUGGGCGUGUUCACGCUGACGUAUUUCUUCCUGGCGUGCUGGACGUACGGGCUGACCGUGUCUGCCGGGGUCUUCAUCCCCUCCCUGCUCAUCGGGGCAGCCUGGGGUCGACUCUUCGGGAUCCUCUUGGGUUCCAUAUCUCCCAAAGAUUCAAAUACAUGGGCGGGUCCUGGGAAAUAUGCCCUGAUUGGAGCGGCAGCACAGCUUGGUGGAAUUGUGAGAAUGACACUGAGCCUGACGGUUAUCAUGGUGGAAGCCACAGGCAAUGUCACAUUUGGUCUCCCCAUCAUGCUCGUGCUGAUGACUGCAAAGAUUGUCGGUGAUUACUUUGUUGAGGGGUUGUACGAUGUCCACAUCAAACUGCAGAGCGUUCCUUUCCUUCACUGGGAGGCCCCAGCUACUUCUCACUCUCUGACAGCCAGGGAGGUGAUGAGCUCACCAGUGACAAGUUUCAACAGGAUAGAGAAAGUUGGGAACGUAGUGGACGUUCUCAGCAACACGACUACCAAUCACAACGGCUUCCCGGUUGUGAAUGAAUUCAUUGAUAAUAAUGAGCCUGGAAAAAUAUGUGGGUUAAUCCUACGAUCCCAGCUUAUUGUGCUCCUGAAACACAAGGUGUUUGUAGAGAGGGCUCGUUCUCGCCUGAACCAGAGGAAGCUCCAGCUGAAGGACUUCCGGGAUGCCUACCCCCGCUUCCCCCCGAUCCAGUCCAUCCACGUGUCCCAGGACGAGAGGGAAUGCAUGAUGGACCUGACGGAGUUCAUGAACCCAACACCGUACACCGUACCACAGGAGACUUCUCUUCCCCGUGUUUUUAAGCUUUUCCGAGCUCUUGGUUUGAGGCACCUCGUUGUGGUAGACAAUGAAAACAGGGCCGUUGGACUUGUGACGAGGAAAGAUCUGGCUCGGUAUCACCUGGGCAAACACGGGCUGGAGGAGCUGCAGCUGGCACAGAUGUGAUGAGAUGUGGGCUGCUGGGCCCACUGUAGGGACUGAACUGGUCAUCCACUGCCUGCCUGGACAAUGCCAGCUACUGUAUGCACUGCAAGAACUCCGGUGCUGGCACAGGCGAUUAAAUAAUCAGAAGCCAAAUAUUCACUCCAAAACCCAUUUAAUUUACCAUACGUAACACUGUCUUUGGUUCAUCCCGUUUGAAGAAAAUUCAUUUCAAUUGUCUUUUAUAUUGUAGUAGCUUUAUCUCCCUUUUUUUUGCACUGAGACCAUUUGAGUUUGUAAAAGGUCCCUUGGUGGUACAGAAGUGUUUGGACCAACCUGUGUGUGUGUGUGUGUGUGUGUGUGUGUGUGUGUGUGUGUGUGUGUGUGUGUGUGUGUGUGUGUGUGUGUGUGUGUGUGUGUGUGUGUGUGUGUGUGUGUGUGUGUGUGUGUGUGUGUGUGUGUGUGUGUGUGCGUGAAUCUAUAAGGAUUUACCUUGAAGGUGUCAGAAUAUACAAUUAUGUGUUUACAUUUUUAUUUUAUUUUGCUGUUAUGGUCUUAUAUUUGGAACUCCUGUGAGCAAAGAACAAAUUAUCUUUCAUGGUGGAUAGUUCUUUGGAUAUUCUUUACAAGGCAAAAACUCCCCAAUCUGACCAUAUAAUAAUAUGCAUUUUAGGUUAAAAUGAAUGACUUAUGAUGAAUGAUUAUUGUUUGUAAAGAUGAUUUUAUAUUUGUAUAAAUCUGCUUUGUAGCCAGCUGGAAGUAUCUCAUUUGUAAGAAAUGACCAGCCCACGACAAACACGGAUUCUGUUGUGCACUGAGUCCCCUUCACACAUUGCUCCAUAUUUUUAUUUUAUUUGGUAUUUUCCAGGAAAAAAACAGCUGUAAGGGUAGAAAUGGCCUCCUUCUGACCUGAGAUGAUUUAAGGUCAUAAGGCUGGCAAAAUAAUCUAGUGUUCUUAAUGUGUUACUUAAAUGUCUUAAUUUUAAUGUUUACAGAAUUAUAAAUGUAUAUGCAAUAUCGCUUUUAAAUUGUCUACAUCCUAAUGUGUAACUACUGGAGAAGAAGGCUUGUUCUUGUUUUUGAAAAAUGAUUUCCAUUUCUUUGUAGGCUUGUACUGCUGUAUUGUGUUUGAGAAUACUAUUUGAAACAUCACUGUCAAUGAGAAA